AUGGAACUUAUUUAUUAUAAACAAUAUUGUAUGCUUCUUACAUUAUUCAUUGGAUUUCUAUGUGAUACAGUUUCCAUUGGUUGUAAUUCACGUCUACUUGCUGACCGUAUUUUGGUCCCUGAUACUUCAUUUCAACAUUCGAGUGCUGCAACUUUACAACAUGGAGCUUCUGCUGCUCGUGAAGAUCCAAAUGAUUUAAAUCUCCAAGAACGUGCAUGGUGUCCAGAUGCUAAGGUUGGCAAAGAACUUCGUGAAUUUAUGGAAAUUGACUUAGGUCGUCAAAGUAUUAUCAAGUUAAUUAUAACAAAAGGUCGAGUAGCUCAAAGUAAAGGUAGACAAACAACACCUUACUUUUAUGUAAAAUAUCGACGUGAAUUAACUGCUACAUGGUUUGAUUAUGAAAAAGAAAAUGGUACAAAACGUCUUGCCGGUAACCAAGAUGCUAUGACAGAAAAUUUUAAUACAAUGGAUCCACCAUUUGUAGCACGUUAUAUACGGAUUUAUCCAUAUAGUUUGGAACCAACUAAAACUUGUUUAAAAUUAGAAUUAUUAGGCUGUGAAGCAAAUGGUAUUUUAGAAUACAAGGCACCUGAAGGAGCAUUAUUACCUGAAACUAUUUCUCCUUCUCAUCAACAAUAUAAUAAUAAUCCAUCAAAUGAACGUACACGUUUAUUAGAUACAACGUAUGAUUCAAAAUCACAUAAAUUUCGUUUAUUUGAUAAUAUACAACAAGAUUUUAUUCAUGAUAAGUCAUAUCAAACAAUCAUAGAAGGUGGUUUAGGAAAAUUAACUGAUAAUGAUACAGAAUUUAAAACAAGUACCAGCCCUUUCUCAAGCCAUAAAUUUAUUGGUUGGAGAAGGAAAUCUUCCACAAGACCUUUAAGUAUGACAUUAUCAAAUAAAUCACUUGUGAGUACUUUAACCUCAAAUCAUAAUGCAGAAAUGGAAUCAGAUUUUCUUCGUAUAAUUUUUCGAUUUGACAUGAUAUAUAAUUUCUCGUCAAUACGGAUAUAUGUGUCAAAUGAUUUUUUAGUUGGUUUAACUAUACCACGAAAUAUUACAGUUGGAUUUAGUUUCCAAGAUCCAUCUCUUUAUUAUUACCGCCAUUAUGGUCAAAGUAGACAGCAAAAGAUUGAUCAGCGACAAGAACAACAUGAAAAAGAAAACCCUUGGUCAUCAUCCAUCCUUUAUCAAUUAACACCUGAUAAACAAAACACUGAUUCUCGUUGGAUUGUACUGCCAAUACAUGAGGUGAUCAGAUCGAAUUAUGCAAUACAAGCAAUUACAAAACAAAUAUCCCAUAAUCCAGGACAGUUAAUACAAAAUAACAGUGAUGUUGAACAGUUGAACAUAUUCGGAUUAGGACAAUUUGUAGAGAUUAGAAUAUUUUUCAAUAGUCAAUGGUUGGCUGUUGGUGAAAUUUUAUUUGAAAAUUUAAGAAUGCCAAAUUUAAAAUUUCAACCUGAAAGAAAUGAUCCUAAUGAAUUCAAUCAUCAAGAAUUUCAAUUGACAUCAACAAGUCUUCCAUAUUUAUUAAAUGAACAAUCUUCAACAUUAAAUAAUCCAUUAGGACAAACAACAACUUAUAUACUUGCAAUUAUUUGUAGUCUAUUAGUAAUAUUAAUAUGUUUUGGUUUAUUUUGUUUAUUUUGUGUAUGGGGAAAAGAACGUUUACAUAUAUCAUUUCGUCAUAAAUUUCAUAGAACAAAUAAACGUUUUAGUAAUUCAACACAAUUUGAUUCAAAUUCAAAUGUAAAUAAUAAAAUAAACACUCAAAAUGUAUCAUUAUUAACAGAACAAUUAAAAAUCAAUAAUUUAAUGAAUAAUAUAGUAGUAACUACAACAAAUGAUACAAUCGGUGAUGUACAAUAUCAAUUUCAACAUCCUCAACGAUGUCAAGAAUCAACUAUAAGAUUACCUAGUACAACUGCAUAUUUAGGUGGAUAUCAAUUUUUAACAAAUAAUGGAAUAACACCAAUGAAUAUUAAUUUAACUACUAAUACAUUACAUCAAUCAUUUCAACCAAUUGGAUUAGAUAAUAAUAAUAAUCAUAAUCAUAAUUAUCCUACACAUAUAAAUUCAAAUAAUCUAUUUAGUUCAUUAUCGAAUGAAUUUGGUUCUAAUUUGAUAACAACUAGUAUACCCGGUGUAAAAUCAUUUGAUUUGAAAGAUUCAUUACCGAUUGUAUCACUUAUGACACCAAAUUUUAUUCCCCCUGGAUCUAUUACUCCACAUUUCCAUGGAACAUAUUUAAGAUCCGAUGAGAAUAUUUUAAACAAUAUUAAUUAUCGUAAAGCAUUUCAUGAUAAUUCAAUUUACACAAGUCUACCUGGAUCUGACUGUGAUUCUCAACCAUAUGCAAAAGUUGACACAGUAAACAAUACAUUGAUGCAACAAUUUCAAUCAAAUAAUUCUAACAUAGAUCUAUCAAAACUUAAUAUUUCUUAUAAUCAUUGUAGUGGAGAUAAUCGUUUAUUUAAUCCAAUGAAUUUACCUCCACCACCAAGUCUUCCAUUACCUCCAACACCGGAACAUUUAACAACAACAACACCAACAAUAACAUCAACGAUAACAACAGUAUCAUCCAUAACAACCUGCUCACAAACAAUGAAUUUAAAUAAUAGAAAUGAAUUCAAUCAUGAUUCCAUGUCAAUAAAUAAAGCUGUUAAUAAUACACUAUUUGCAUAUAAUUCUAAUGUAAACAAAUGUAUUUCAAAUAAUGAUAUAACUACAUGGUUAGAUUCAAAUGGACAAUUUAUUUCCACAUCUAAUCCUUUAUUUGAUAAUAAUUUAGGUGUAGAUCCAAUGAGUAUGAAUAAUAUAAAUAAUUUUCAGAAUUUUUCAGGAGUUCAAAAUUCGGAAUAUUCCAACUCAACAACCAAUGGUUCUAAUACUUAUAGUACUUACUAUGGAACACCAAAUAUGCUUCCUAUAUCCAUCCCUACAGUUCAAAUGAUUACGAUUAAACUUUAUUUAUUGAAGUCAGUCAUAUUCUGGCAUUGGUUAAAUCGUCAGUGA